AUGUCGUCGCGCAAGAUCUCCUCUGAGUCGUUCAGCAGCUCGGUGGGCUCCGACUGUGGGCUGGAGAGCCCCGGGGGGGACGGAGGCGAGUCGACGGAGGGCCACGGCUGCCCUUUCGCCUUCCCCUCCACCCAGCGAGUGGUCUUCUGGAACGGCAGGAGCCCCGCGGGGACCCCGGGGUGCCCGGCCGCCACCGAGGAGCCAGGAUCAGGAGCACCCAGCAAACGGGUGACCAGGAGGAGAAGAGUGAACCUCGACUCGCUGGGGGAGAGUCUGAGGAGGAUGACUUCACCAACGACACAGACUGUUCAGGAGGCUCUACAGAGGACAUUAGAAUUCUACAAACAGCAAGAGAUCAGGAUGAACAGAGGUGUUAUUGUUUUGUUGAAAGAGGAGCGUUUUGUGGCUGAGUUAAUAGUGAGCAGCUUCUGUCUGAAUGGCAUCUAUCUGCAGGUUUCCCCGCUCGCAAUGCCCUCCAACCAGAUCACCAUCUCUGGUGUUCUCCCGUUCAUUCCCAAAGAGGUGUUGAAGCGGGAGCUGCAGUGCUUCAGGAAGCUGUGCAGAGAGGAUAGAAGUGAGGAGAGCCGUACAGUUGAAAAGUGCCCAUUUCUGGCAAAUUCUGGUUCAGAAGAGGAUAUCUCAGGAAUUCUACAGUAUUUGGCCACCAUUUUGGGAGUACCAUUCUGUGAGCUGCGGGAGCAUUUCGGAGAGGAGUUCUUUGGCCUGUGCUUUGAGGAAAAUGAGAGGGUGCUCCGGGCCGUAGGUGGCAACCUCCAGGAUUUCUUCAAUGGUUUUGAUGCCAUCUUGGAACACAUACGCACCUCCACGGGACGCCGCGUCUCCUCAGAGAGCCCCUCCUUCCAGUGCAAGGACCCUGGGACAGGGAAGGUAUUACUUCUUCAUUGUUUUAACCCAGCCCCUGUCGUAGGAUUGGUGAUGCCGGGGUUGGUCAGAGCGGUCGCCAGGCGGAUUUUCCAUUCUGAAGUUGAGGUGGAGGAGGCCCCGCCUUUAACUCCCUUAUCAUCCGAUGAAGACUGCAGCUCCACGGCCCCUUGCCCCACUGCAUCCUCUUCUUCACCUCCUUCCCCUUCCCCAAAAUCCACUGCUCCGAACAGUUUGUCCUUCCUUAUCCGGGAGACCUCCCCACCAUCCCUCUCCUCCCACCCAAACGCUCCUACAGGGAUGUCCAGGAGGGUCCCCCUCUCACUCUCCACUAACCCCACUGACCUACGUAUUGGUUUGGCCACGUUCUGCCGUGCCUUUCCAUUUCACUUGGUCCUGGGCCCACGCAUGGAGCUUCUGCAGCUUGGAGAGGGACUGAGGAGACAGGCCAGAAUUGAGCCCCACCGGAGCCUCCCCUUCAGAGACUGCUUUGAGAUUGUCUCCCCCAAGAUGGAGCCCUCGUUCCAGGGCAUCCUGUUAAGGCUUGCGUCCCCCUUCACCAUCCGCACCAGGCCGGACUGCACACAGCUCGGCACCAAGGAGAAGGUGAUGGAAUUGAAAGGUCAGAUGAUUCACGUACCAGAAUCCUGCUCCCUUAUGUUCCUGGGCUCACCGCGUGUUGAUAAGCUGGAGGAACUGAUGGGCAGGGGGCUCCACCUGUCAGACAUCCCCAUCCACGACGCCACGCGGGAUGUUAUCCUGGUGGGGGAGCAGGCCAAGGCACAGGACGGCCUUAAGAAGAGGAUGGACAAGCUUAAGGCGACACUGGAGAAGACUCAUCAGGCACUGGAGGAGGAGAAGAGGAGGACCGUGGAUCUCCUCUACUCCAUAUUUCCAGGAGAUGUAGCCCAGAAACUGUGGCAGGGCCAGCAUGUGCCCGCCCGUAAAUUUGACGAUGUGACCAUGCUCUUCUCAGACAUCGUUGGGUUUACAGCUGUUUGUGCCCAGUGCACGCCCAUGCAGGUCAUCUCCAUGCUGAACGAAUUGUACACACGCUUUGACUACCAGUGUGGCAUCCUGGAUGUGUAUAAGAUUGAGACAAUAGGUGACGCAUACUGUGUGGCAGGCGGACUCCACAAGAAGAUUGACAGCCAUGCCAAGCCAAUCGCACACAUGGCACUGAAGAUGAUGGAGCUCUCAGAGGAAGUGCUGACGCCUGAUGGCAAACCCAUCAAGCUAAGAAUAGGUAUCCAUACAGGUUCAGUGCUGGCGGGCGUGGUAGGAGUGAAGAUGCCACGCUAUUGCCUCUUUGGGAACAAUGUAACGCUGGCCAGCAAGUUUGAAUCUGGAAGCCAUCCCAGAUGCAUCAAUGUCAGUCCAACAACUUAUCAGUUGCUGAAAGAUGAUCGUUCUUUUUCGUUCGUCCCUCGUUCUCGGUUGGAACUCCCGGACAAUUUUCCCAAGGAAAUCCCAGGAACGUGUUACUUCCUGGAGGCAGGGACAUCUCACAGCCAUGCCUCACUUACCAGUUCUCGUUCAGCCCCUCCGGCCUCUAUGAGGAAAGUCUCCUACAGCAUUGGGACCAUGUUCCUACGAGAAACAAGUUUGUAG